AUUUUCUUUCUCAAGCAUAACAAAAAUAUCAGAAAGACAGAGUAAAGAUAAUCUUCAUCUCCCUUUGCUACUGUGUCAUUUCCAUUACUGCUAUCCUUGUUAGUGUUAGUUUAUAAUUCCUCGCAAUCAUCACUUGUAUUCUUUCACCUAGCUUUAGCCGAGCAUAGUUGCCGUCGUCUAGUCCCUGUGGAGAACACGACACUCGCAGUUUGGGCGUAAAACCCCCGCUGUACUUUCAAUUGAUCAUUUUGGCGCCGUUGCCGGGGACUAGCGUCGAGCGUUUGUGUGAGGCUUUAGACUAGGUUUAGCUUGUUUCCUUUUUGUGCUUUAUAUAUUUGUGAUAUAUCUCUAGCCACUAACCCUGGUUCUAGUUAGUAUCUUUUUGUCUUCUUUUCCUUUUUGCAGGUUGGAUUAUCCUCUCGGUUAUGGCUUACUAUUCAGAUCAUCAGGCUUAUGCGAGCAACACUACAAACAGCACGGAAAGUGUUCAAGAACUGAUAGGUAAGAUUUCCCAUCGAUUAGAUGAUUUAGCUCGGCAGCGAGAAGGAGUUUUUGAGGAUAGGCCUAGCUCUUAUGAUCCUUAUUCUAGAGGUCAUCCUUAUGUUGCUCCUACAUGCCAUAUUUGUGGAUUUCAGGGCCAUUCACCCGCUGAAUGUCAGCGUGGUUACUCUCACCCUCCUGAUUGUUAUGGCAUGAGCUUCGCCCCACCGCCUAGCUCAUACCAAAACAAUUACACACAUGGGUGGCCUGAAAACCAGAAUAUGUCAUAUAGGAGCAAUAACCCUGACAUCUCAUUGUUUGCCUCUAGUUAUCCAAUGCAGGGAUUCAGGUACAAUGAGGAGAACCACAACUAUGCUCCACAACAGAUUUAUUCACCUCCUACUCAUAUACCUCAAUACCAGGAGAUGUGUCCAAUGGAGUUAAAUGGUCCUCCAUUUGGUCAACCAACAACUCCAGCACCUUUCGAGCAAUCUCAUGUGCAAGUGCCCACACAAGAUGAAUUUGAUGAUAUAGAGAAGCUCACAUUGCUUAGUCUCGAGUUCACUUGGAGUGCCGAGGAUGAUCCUAUUAGGAAGGUUAUACUAGAUGAAAUGAAGAAGAUCAAGAGUGGAAAAGAGCUAGUGGAAGAAGUAAGGAAGAUUGAGAAGAACAUCAACGCUGGCAGCACUAUUUCUUCACAACUUGAGUUGAGUGUGGCUGAGAUAUCCAUGGAUACAUGUGAGGUUCCAACACCUUCACAUUUCGUUGAGCAAGUCAGCAAGUGCCUUGAGCAAGAGAUACCUCAGAUUGAAGAAGAUGAACUAUAAGACAAGGAACAAGAUGGUCAAGAGCUCCAAUUCCCAAGUGAUCAAGUUGAAGACUCAUCAUCUAUUACUCCUGAAGAAGUACAAGAAGCUAUUGUAGAUGAAGAUGAAGAACAUGAGAUUUAUUUGCCUAUUGUCAUACCAGAGCGUGAUGUGUCAGGUUUACUCAAUCCUCUUGAUGACAUGAUGCCUUGUGAUUUCUUUCCUAUCACCUUGCAUUACAUGAUACCAUCACUUAAGAUUGAUUUGAAAACUCAUUUGCUUGGAUAUGAUGAUAUAUACCCUGUUUGUGCCAUUGCUCUCAUUUGUGAUGAUCACAAUUACUUUCCUCAUGCUAGUCUUGAGCUUAAUGAUAAAUGUCAUCCUCGUGUGAGUAUUGACCAUGCUGAUUUCUGCCAUCCUAAACAUGUGCUUUAUAGUUAUGCUUAUAUAAUUGGAUAUUCCAUUGAUGACUUGGAGGGCAUCGACCGUAUCACAUGUAGUUGUUUGUGUGAGUCCUAUUUCAGGCUUUUGCUACUGCACUGUUUAGUACAUGCUGACCAGGUUCGAGGUGACAUUCCUUGGGAUCCUGGUGGAGUCGGAGCAUGGCGAUGAGGGGAGCACAAACAGGGAACACAAACAUAGAAGAGUGGAGAGAAGAAAGUAGGAGAGAAGAGUAUGCAAAUACCAGAAAAGUGCGCAAAGGUACUAUAAUCGUCAAGACUUCUACUAUGUGGCUAACGACAAGAGAGAAGGGCAUGAAAGAAAUACGUCAAGGCUUGACCGUGAAGGAAAGAAGUAAUGUAGGGGAGCAAACUAAAAGAAGAGGAGGAUCUUCUUGGGAAGAAAAAAGAAAGGAGGAGGGCCAAAGUAAAAAAAGACAGAACAGAGGAGGGGAUCAAAAAUCCCUAGCACAGCCGAUCCCCAUCGGGCCUGGCAACACCUCUCCUUCCCCCUGUCUCCUUCUCCCACCUCCGGCCGCCGUCGCGGCCAGGCCAGCGUGGCGGCGCGCCAAGCAGCCCGCCAUCCAUCCAUCCAUCUCCAGCACCACAUCCAUCCAUCCAAUCAGCCACCGCCGCCAUCCAUCAACACCACUCCAUCACCACCAUCCACAGCGCCACACACCACCCACCAGCACCACCUCGCGCCCACCAUCAGACACGAUGGCGAGGGUGUCUUCCCCAGGGCGAGGCCGCCCCUUCUUGAUGGCGUGCUUCACCAGACAGGGAGGCGAGGAAGUCUGAACCCCCGUGCGACCCCCCUGCCGCUCCUGACCGGCGAUCCACUUCUUCUUCUCCUGUGCCCUCUGCCUGCUGCUCACACCCGUUGCUCCUCUCAACCUCUUUCUUCUUCCCCUCCUCUUGCUGAUGUCUUCUUCCCUGAACUCCUCCUCCUGCUGCUCCUCUGAUCUGAUGCUGAACCGAUGCUCCUCUCAACACUUGCUGUUGCUCCUCACUAGCUCCUGGACGCCCCCCUCGCUUCUCUCCAAGUCCCUCCUCUGCUCCUCUUCUUGCCCGAACCUUUUUGCUGCUCCUUCUCUGAACCUGUUGCUACAAUUGCGCUUUACUGCUUCUUGCUACCCCAUGCUGCUGAUGCCCUCAACCUCUUGCUUCUAUUUCUCUUUCUCCCUCUCAAUCUUCUCUGAAUUUUCUGUAAUAUGAGAUGUGUAAUGCUUUGUAAUAUUCAGAUUUUAAGAGUGUUGGCAACCUGUAGCUUGUUAUGUUUGGUAGUUGUAAUAUAUAAUGCUUGACUUGUAUUUCUGAAGGCUGUGAGAAUUAAUUAUCCUAGAAAUCUUGCUCUAUGAUUGAGUAAUCUGCUAGUAUAAUUGUGUGUUCACCUUGUUUACUAGUCCCUGUACUAGUUAACUUUGUACUUGUUUGAUUUUC